AUGGCUAUAGGAAAUGGGGAGGGACGAGGUGGGCCAAGGAGCUCGCAAGGCGUAGCGAUUGACGCAGCAGCAGCUGCUGCUGCUGCUGACGGGGAGAUAUGCACAACAGCAGAAGCAGCAGCAGCAGCAGCAGCAGCAGCAGAAGCAGCAACAGGAGAGGCCCUCUCCGAUGCUUAUCUAGAGGAGGGAUACGAAGAUGCAGAGACAAUAUACGAUUUAAGUGCUGCUGCUGCUGCAGAUUUCCUGCAGCAGCAGCUGCAGCAGGGAGCAGCAGCAGCAGCAGCAGCAGCAGGAUCGUCUGGUCAAUACCGUUUGCUGCUGCAGAAUAUGCCUGAGGGACCCGCAGCAGCAGCAGCAGCAGCAGCAGCGCAGCGCAGCAGCAACUUGUGGGAAAGGUCAUCAGAUGUGCAGCAGCAGCCGAUGGCACUAUCGGGAUGGGAAGCAGCAUUAGCAGCAAACGGAGCAGCAGCAGCAGCAACAGCAGCAGCAGCAGCAAGAGCAGCAGCAUUUGCUUCCUCACCAGAUCAGCGCUGCAGAGACAGUGCAGCAACUCCCCCCGAAGGAGCAGCAACAGCAGCAGCAGCACCAGCAGCAACAACAGGAGCAGGAGGAGAACAAACAGAACCUGCUCCUGGUGCUCCUGCAGCACCAGCAGCAGCAGCAGCAGCAGCAGCAGCAGCAGCAGGAAGGGUUCUAUCGUUUAAGGAUUUAGGGGUUUUGCCUCCCCUCCUUAAGGCCCUUUCCUUACAAGGGUUUAAUCUACCAACACCUGUGCAGGCAGCAGCACUACCUGUUACUCUUUCUGGUUAUGAUGCGGUAGUCCAAGCUAAAUCGGGUACAGGGAAGACGGUGGCAUUCGCGGUGCAUGCGCUGCAGCGUUUGCUGCUAGCAGUAGAGUCUGCAGAGCCUGCUGCUGCUGCUGCUGCAGCAGCAGCAGCAGCAACAGCAGCAACAGCAGCAGCAGCAGCAGGAACAACAAACCCAUCAGCAGCAAGCCCAUCAUUAUCAUCAGCAGCACCAGCAGCAGCAGCAGCAGCAGCAUCAGCAGCCCCAGCAUCAGGAGCAGCAGCAGCAACAGCAGCAGCAGCAGCAGCAGCAGCAGCAGCACAAUUCUUCGGUGUUUCUAUUCGUGAACUCUCUAAGAGACCACAAAUUAUUGUUGCUACACCCGCAGAAGCAGCAAAGGCGUCAGCAGCAACAGCAGCAGCAGAAGCAGCAGAAGCAGAAGCAGCAGCAGAAGCAGCAGCAGCACCAGAAGCAUCAGGAAAGAGACCCGAUGCAUCUGCUGCUGCAGAGGAAGAAGAAGGGCUUACUGCAGCAGCUGCUGCAGCAGCAGCUGCUGCUGCUAAGACUAAAGCAGAAACUGCUGCAGCAUUUGCUGCUAGCGCUAAGGCUGCUGCUGCUGCUGCUGCUGCAGUAUGCAUGUGCAGCAACGUGCCGCUGCAGCAGCAACUGCAGCAGCAGCUGCGUCUUCUUAUUCUUGACGAAGCAGAUCUACUCUUAGAUUCUUUCUUUAGGGCACAAACCAAGGAGAUAAUAGAUAGGGUGCUGCGCCCGCAUGCACAGCUAACAGCAUACUCAGCUACCUUCGCCCCCCAGCUGCUGCGCUACCUAGAGGAGGAGCUGCUGCAGGAUGCGGAGACAUUUGCUGCUGCUGACGAGCAGCAGAAGCAACAGCAGCAGCAGCAGCAGAAGGAAGGGGAGGAGGGAGAACAGCCGGAGGAAGGGGAGCUGCAGCAGCAGCAGCAGCAGCAGCAGCAGACGAAGCCGAGGGAACUGCAACGUGUGCUGCUGUGCUCCUCACGAGUGCGCUUUGCCCCAAGCCCAAGCCCGGAUGUUGCUGUUAGCAGCAGCAGCAGCAGCAACAGCAGCAGCAGCAGCAGCAGCAACGGCAGCAGCAGCAGCAGCAACGGCAGUAGUAGUAGUAGUAGCAGCAGCAGCAGCAGCAACGAGACUCAUGGUAAUGAAGAGGGCCGCAGCAAUGUUGAGGGGAGCAGCGGGGGUCCAGGAGGCAGCACGGACAGCAGCAGCAACCGCAGCAGCAGCGACGGCAGCAACAGCAGCAACAGCAGCAAUGGAGGAAUAGAGGAUCUACCUGCACCAGGGACAGCAGCAGCAGAAGAAGCGCUGCAGGAGACACGUUUGCUGCUGCAGCGCAUGCAGCAGCAGCGCGCUACUGAGAUGUCGCUGCCACCCCCAGUCCUUACAGGGGAACACAUGUGGCACAAAGUUUACGGCGUCUUGGCAUUAGCGCUGUUUACACCAGGGUUUAGGGAUUGGAGUUGGGGGAUGAGCCGAGGUAUUGAUGCUGUUGGUGUUGAUUUUGUCAUUAAUUUUAAUUUGCCUAUGGAUAAGGAGACAUUCUUACAUCGUGGUGGUCGUGCAGGUAGGUAUGGUAGUUGGGGUGUAUGUGUAUCUGUUGCAUCUGCUGAUGAGGCAGCUAGCUAUCGUUACCUAGCAGCUAGCUAUAAUAUAACUAUGCAUACACUGCAGCAGAUUGAGCAAUUACAAGAGAUACUUGUUCCUCAAGUUAAACAAAUUAAAGCUGCUGCUGCUGCUGCUGCUGCUGCUGCUGCUGCAACAGCAGCAGCAGCAGCAGCAGCAGCAAAAGAUCCAGCUGAUGCAGCAGAUACGCAAAGAGAGGAUUCUGCUGCAACAGAAAUGAUUGAGAGAGAUGCUAUGGAUAGGCAGCAACUGCAGCAGCUGCAGCAAGAGCAACAGCAGCAGCAAGAGCAGCAACAGCAGCAGCACCAACAGCAACAGCAACAGCAACAGCAGCAACAGCAGCAACAGCAGCAACAGCAGCAGGCAAAGCUGCUGCUGCUGCCUACACAAGAAGAUGAAGAUAAAGAACUUGAGUAUACACUCCAUCAUAAGGAGCAGCUGCUGCAGCAAAUAGAUUUGCUGCAGCAGGAGAGCAGAGAGAGGGAGGAUUGGACAGAUCAGCAGCAGCGGCAGCAGCAGCAGAGAAUUGUACAGAGACAGUUGCUGCUACAGCAAGCAGAUAUUGAGCAGCACAGGCAGCAGCAGCUGCAGCAAAAGGUAGACAUGGAGCAGCAGCAGUACGAACAGGAAGCAAGAGAAUACGAGCAAGAGCAGCAGAAACGGCUACAGCUGCAGCAACAGCUGCAGCAGCAGGUGCACCAACAGCUGCAGCAGCAACAGCAGCAGCAGCAGCAGCAACGUGUAGUGGAUCGGCAGCAGCAGUGGCAACCGCGCCGUCUUCAGCAACAGCCAUGGCAACAACAGCCGCAGCAGCAGCAACAGCAGCAGCAGCAGCAGCAGCAGCCGCAGCAGUCGUGGCACUAUCAGCAGCACCAUCCAUGGCACUAUCCUCAGCAACACCAACAGCAGCAGCAGCAGCAGCAGCAGCAGCAGGAUCCAGAGACGGAGAAGCAGAGACAGUGGCAACGGCAGCACCAGCUGCUUGAGCAUCUGCAGGUGCAGCAGCAAGUUAGUCAGAGGAGGCCAUGGAUAAAUAGACCAGGAAGGAGACACUCUAUGCCUGCUGCACCAGCAGCAGCAGCUGCUGCUGCUGCAGCAGCAGCAGCAGCAAGAGCAGCAACAGGAGGAGGAGCAACAACAGCAACAAGUGCUGCAGCAACAACAGCAGAAGCAGGAGGUAGAUGGAGAUUAGGAGGAAGAAUGAGUAAGAGUGUGCAGCAGCAACCGAGGCAGCAGUACCUGCAGCAGCAACAGGAGCAGGAGCAGCAGCAGCAGCAGCAGUAUCACCAGCAGCAGCAACAGCAGUGCCUGCAGCAGCAACAGGAGCAACAAAACCAGCAACGCCUGCAGCAGCAACAGCAGCUGCAGCUGCAGGAGCAGGAGCUGUACCAUAGAAGACAGCAGCAGGAACUGCAGCAGCAACUAGAGAGAGAGCAGCACAUGCUGCUGCUGCAGCAGCAGCAGCAGCAGCAGGAAACGUGCAGACGCGCAAGCUUCCCUCCUGAUAGUAUCCCUUCUUGGUGUUUAGAUUCUGCUGCUGUUGCUGCAGCAGCAGCAGCAGCAACUGCAGCAGCAGGAUCCAGGGAUGCGGAAGCAGCAGUUGCUGCCAGCUAUCUAUGCGCGCUGCCUGUUACUCCUAUAGCAAGAGCUGCUGCUGCUGCUGCAGCAACAGCAGCAGAAGCAGCAGAAGCAGCAGCAGCAAGAGAUCCAUUCUAUGCUGCUGUAGCGCCAUCACCAGCAGCAGCAGCCGCAGCAAUGCAGCAGCCUGUUAACGUCCUUAGAUACUUUGUCCCGCUGCAGCAGCAACAGCAGCAGGAGCAGCAGCAGCAACAGCAACAGCAGCAGCAGCAAGGGAUGGUGUUGAGUCUACAGGCAUUAGGUCGCUGCCCGCUGCACUCCUGCGCUGCCGAUCCCUACAGCAGCAACAGCAGCUGCAGCAGCAGCAGCAGCAGCAGCAGCAGGUAUUGUCGUGCAGAAUGCCUUCAUUUGGUACUGGAGUACAGCCCUACUGCUGACGAAGCAGCAGCAGCAGCAGCAGCAGCAGCAGCAGCAGCAGGAGCAAGAGGACCAGCUGCAGCAGCAGCAGCAGCAGCAGCAGCAAGACCUGUAUUAUCUAUAUGUAUACCCCAUGGUCUUAAGGAAGUUGCUGUUGUACAGCCGCAGUUAUCUAUAGAUGGAUCUGCCCUCCGUGCUGCACUUGCUGCUGCUGCUGUUGCUGCUGCUGCUGCAGAUCCUGAAUCUGCUGCUGCAGGUGCUCUUGCUAAUGCUGUUGCUACUAAUCCUGCUGCUGCUGCAGCAGCAGCUUCUGCUGCUGCUGCUGCAUUGUCCCCUACAGCAGCAACCUUCGUAAGAAGGGAAGACCAACGAGCAGUGCCGCAUGCACCAGUAGCCUACGUACUAUUUAGAUUCCUGCAGCAGCAGCAGCAGCAGCAGCAGCAGCAGCAGCAGGAGCCAUGGGAGCAGCAGUUAGGAGAGGAGCAGCAACGUGACGAGUUAGCAGCAGCAGCAGAGAGGAAGCUAGAUGAGCUGCAGCAGCAGCAGAUGCAGCAGACAGCAAAUCUACGUCAGCAGCAAAGACAAGAAGAGAAGCAGCUGCAUAGACAGCAGCAGCAGCAGCUAAUUAGUCAGCGUUAUUCGCUGCAGCAGCUGCAGCUGCAGCACAAGCAGCACGAUGCACAGAUGCAGCAGCUAUGGAGGGACCAUCAGCAGCAGCAAGAAGAGUUAGUGCUGCAGCACAGGAGUGCAGUAGAGGCUGUAUGGGAGGAGACACAGCAGCAGCAGCUGCUGCUGCAGCAGCAACUGCAGCAGAAACAGCAACAACAGCAGCAGCAACAGCAGCAGCAGCAGCAAGAAGCAACAAAUAAUACACUUGAAUACUUUGUUGUUGCUCUCCCUGUUGAGGAAUUGCUGCGUCUUCUUGCUGCAUUAGAGACAGGUGUUGCUGCUGCUGCUGCUGCUGCUGCUGCUGGUUGCCCAUUUGCUACUCUUGCUGCUGCUGCUCCCUUGCUGCCCCUCCCUGUGCUGUCUCUUCAUGAGGCAGCACGCUGGUGUCUCUUCGUGCAGCAAACCAGCAGCAGCAACGAGCCAAUCUAUGGCAGCAGCAGCAGCAGCAGCAGCAACUGGCAACCUGUCUCCUAA